UGUGGAUUAAAUUCUGUGUGUGAAACAUCAGACAGACGCGAUGCAGCAGACGAACGCGGAUCCUGCAGAUGCGUUUGUGAAGCGGCGGCGGACGGCUCUCUGGUGUUCAGUGUCUCUGUUUGGCCUCUCUGUUCUUGUUCUGGUGGUCGGGCUGCUGUCGGCCACACAGACGGAUAAUGUGGCUGUGUCUGGAUACUAUCCCGGGAUUAUACUGAGUUUUGGAGCGUUCUUGGGUAUCGUUGGUCUGAACCUGGUGGAGAAUCGCAGGCCGAUGUUGGUGGCGUCCAUCAUCUUCAUCAGUCUGGGUGUCGUGUCGUGUUUCCUCUGCGCCAUCAUCGAUGGAAUCAUCGCCGCUGAGUUCAUUGACAGAAGGCCACUGAUGGAGGGCCGCUGUGAGUUUUACUCAAGCACUUCUUACGGCUAUGACAACUACUACACUGAGGUUCACUGUAAUUCCUACGGUAGUCAGUGUAAACUCAAGGUGAAGAGCAACACCUGCUACUGCUGUGACUUAUUCCACUGUGACAGGGUGGACUAUCAUGUGCAGUACUAUGAGUUUACGGGCGUCAGAAGCUGCUGGGAUGUGGUGAAUCUGUAUCGUCUGCUGUGGGCCUGUGUGGCGCUCAAUGUGCUCGGUGUGUUUCUCGGCAUCAUCACCGCCGCCAUACUGGGAGCCUUCAAAGACUUGGCUCCCACGGUUCACAGUCACAUGACACCCAGUCCGGCUCCACCCCCUCACAUCCUGUACAACCCCACCCAACACCUGAUCACCUACACCGGUUUCUGCCCCUCCGGACAAACUCUACCUGCCUACCCAAACUACCCACUACCCACACAGCAUCUGAAUGGUUAUCCAGCUCCGGCCACAGGUCAGUCCAUUCUUGAGGUCUCGACCUCCACGCCUGACGAGACUCAAGUGGCUGCUCAGAGCGGGACGAACUCAGCCGUUUCGACUCAAUCCUCCUCUCAGGACAGCAGCGGCUACAUGCUGACUCCAAACGCUCCCUCACUCUAUGCUCACUCAUUAGGGCCCUUCGAGAAGCCUCCACCCUACGCCUGUUGAAAACAUUUGAAUCAAGAACACUGACCUCUGAUGGGCGCCUGACCCCUGUGACCUCUGCUGCUGGCUGGCGCUGCUGCUAAUGACCCCAGAUAGAGUCUCUGUAAUUGUGAAUUAUUCUCGUAGCAAAUGUGAUCAAUGUUGUUCUCUGGUAGUUUCCAAAACCUCUGAAUUUUAGCUUUUAACAUCCUCUUCCUUCAGUGGGAUCGUCAUAAUUUGAUUUAUUGAAUCAUAUCAGGCUGAAACACUCGAUUACAACGAUUACAAAAACUCGAGCUCCAUUUCAUGCACAUGGAUUAUAUGCUUUAGUCUUUUGCUGUCAGAUCAGCUAUUGUCACGAUGAAGGAUCAAUCUGUGGAGAAUCCUGCUGAGAAAGUGUUGGCAUGUUUAUAUUA